UACCUACUUCUUUGUAUGAAAAUAUCAAAUCCGACUUCCAAUAUUAAACUCAAUGUAACUCAAUAAUAUGCUCCCAUCGUUUUUCGCUGACUUGUGAUAGCUGUAAGCGAUCCAAAAAAACGUACAUCACCGAACGUAAUUUUUUGAUUGAUUGAUUUUUACCAAAUUACCAAACAAGUUUCGUGAAAUUAUUUUGUAUUAGUGCGUAAAUUGGUAUGGUUAUAGUGUUUAGAGAUGACAAUAGCGGGUGAGGCGUGUGGGUAGUGAUUAUGUCUGCUAGAAAUUACCUUUCGGCUCGGGAUAAGAAGUUUGAAUAUUUGCCGAGUAUCACGCAUAAGUCGGGGGGUCAUUCUUCGGAGCUGCCGGUGCUUUCAGCUAGUACCAGUCGCUUCAACAGGAACCUCAGUUACACGUACGACGUGCAACCCUACAUAGUGAACAACGUCGAGCGCGCUGGUACGCCGUUCUCAGACUUUUUUUCAGAAAGUGGAACUGGCACACCAGACUUCCGCAGUGAAGAAAGUGACAGCAGCUCAGGGUCUGCACUAAGAAGGAGCAAUGCGGAGGCCACCAGGUCUCUGUCGGAGGAGUGGCAGAGAAUUGAGAGGACACUCUAUGAUGAGGAGGGAGAGAAGUGUAUGCGGCCACAGAUGGUUGAGGAAUGCAAACAAUGGAGAGAAUUGCAUCCACAGCUUAGAAUUGUGGGCAGGGCCAUUCUGCUGCCAGAGAAGAGAUCAGGUCAUAGACCAUUGGAGUAUGAUGAGGUUGUGGCCGUUCACUACAGUGACUACAGUGAGUUCAGUGAAAGCGAGGAGAGACUCUCACAGAGCAGCUCUGACGUCACCCCACAAAACUCCCCCAGAGUCUCCAUAUGCGAGAACAUUGCAGAACCCAGGGUGUCUUGGGAAAAGCUGCCAGCAUCUGAAGACGUUCAUGAACCAAAGCUGUCACGAGAGAAAAUAUCCAUCUUCCCAAUGUGCGAUGAACGUGAACUCCCAGACACAUUCUGUUCUCUUCUACACAUCACUCCACUACAAGUUCGAAGUCCAUCACAAAGAAAGAGACAGAAUCCAUCCAUAUUGAAGUCUGAAAUAGCAUCUUCGCGGUGGAUGAAAAACUCUAGACCGGAUUCAUCCCUAAAUUGUGAUAGAAAUAGUGCUAAGUCAUUUGUAUCGUUGGAUAUGCGGAAUAUAGCUUUAAGUGCUUCAGAUCGCAAUAAAAUAUUUAACAGCAGAGUGCUGACUGCGAGGCACAGGGACAUAGCAAGGCUAGAGCCACUAUGUACACCAGAAUUAGCUCCUAAUGAAACAUCAAGAUUGAAUGGUACAGCCAUGUACCCUUAUAAUAUGAGAAAAGUUUCACUACCACCUCUACUGUUGGAGGAGGAAAAAAAGAAAGUUGUAGUUAAUUCUGCAAAAAAAUUCACUAAAACAAGGAAGACUGGACCUAAAAAUAUGUAUCAGUUGGACAGAAUGAGACAUAACAAAUAACUGUUUAGAUCACAUUAAAUUAGAAUUAAGUUUGAUAUGUGUUUCGAAGUAAAAUGUUUGCUAGAGCAUAGAUUUAUUGCUGACCAAGGAAUGGUUUGGUAAUGAACACACAGUUUGAGCAAUGUUGGAUUGAAUGCAGCACUGAUAUAGCUUCAAAAGAAUUUGGGAUUGGAGUGCCUGGAUGGUAGGUUAGUAUAACAUAGUUUCAUAUAAUUGUUAUCAUUUAUUUAGGUUCACUGGGACAUGGUUAUUUCACUGCCUUUUGUUGGAAAGAUUAAAAUCCUAUACCUUUAAGAACCUGUAACUGGUAAGAAGCAGUUCCAAACAUUUUAAGCUCUAGUCAAUAGGUAUUUCUCUGUUAAACAUUGUUAGCUUUUUAACAAAUUGCUGAAGUACCUACCAAAGUGGAAAGUUUUGUUAAUAUUUUCACAUGCGGAAGAAAUUGAAAUGCCUAUAUAAUAAAUUAUUAU